CUACAUCCUGGUGGUCGUCUGCCGGCGCAUCACUCGCUGAUCACAAAGGGCUGCUGCUGCUGCUGCUGCUGCUGUUCUUCCGGCGGCUGUUUGUUUCCACAGCCAUUCCCAAUUUCCUUUGAGACCCAUCAAUUGUUACCGAGCUGUCAAAGGAAUUGGAAUCUGCCUACACACGUACCUACAUAUGCAUACCUAGCAUGUACCUAUCAUGGGAGUACUUGGCCAUGUCAUCAUGUACAUGUGUAUGUUAAAUGCCAUGUAUGUAUGUAUGUAUGUAUGUAUGUAUGUGUGAUGCACACGGGGCAGUGAGGGCCAGACCAACAGUGUAGCGCAGCACAGGUCAGCACAGCACAGCGCAGCGCAGCGCAGCGCAGCACGGUUCGGCGGCAGCGCUCGGCCCUUUCUUUCGACUUGCCCGCCUGCCUGCUUUGAUUUGCUGGCUGCUCAGAGAACCUACUGUACCUCCAUUCUCCGAGUACUUAGAUACUCUAGCCUCUCCCUCCUCCACCUCCCCUUCCACCACCACCGCCUCCUCCGCCGUCUGCCCUCUGCCAUCCUCGCCCUCAUCUCAUCCCUCGCGAGCCGCGUUGCUUGGCGCCAUAGCAACCGCCUUCCUUGGUCCAUCUUCGUCACAGCGCCAUGACAACGUUAGCUGCCACCAGCUAUUCGACUUCUAGAUACCACGUCGACUCGGAUGACGCUGACGCCGACGACGAAUACGAGCGCAGUGUCAUCCAAAGCCCGACCCUCCCUGUCGACUACGCUGAGAGCUCUUCCACCUCGUCCGGCCCCAUGAGCACCGAACACACCCCCACCACCUUCACCCAUUCGCGGGACCCAAAGGCCAGCCCCACCGCUCUCAUCACCGAAUGGUCAGAGGAGCAGAGCGCCGACUUUGUGUCGGAUCUGGGCUUGGACCAGUAUGCUGAUAGCUUCGUGGAACAGGGCAUCUCGGGCGACGCCCUGAUAGCCCUGCAACACAUUGACCUCAAGGAAAUGGGCUUGAACAGUGUCGGCCAUCGCCUCACCAUUCUCAAGGCUGUCUACGAAAUCAAGGUCAAGCAGAACGUGCCUAUCGAGUCAGACCACUAUAUCCCGCUGUCCGCCGAUACCUCCGCUCAGGAUGCUCCGCCUACUCAAGAUGACUUGGCCAAGGUCAUUCGUGUGGUAAAGGCUAGGGAUGAACGCAUCCGUGACAACGAAUCCAAGAUACGCCAUCUCGAGGAUGAUCUGACCAAAGUCGUCGAAGAGAACAAAAGGCUCCGAGAAGAGAUUUUACCCCUCGUACGGGCUUUCAAGGACAGUCAGCAGCCGCUACCCACACCUCACGAUCACAUUGUCAUGUCUCCCCCAGCACAGCAAGAGCGGGUCGGGAGCACUCUAUCCCCAUCCAUCGCCGGCGGUUCCCAACUAUCGCCCAACGCCCCACAACCAUCUCCCACCUCCCCCGCGUACGCAAACCAGCCCCGAAGCAUGUACAGCUCUCGCUCCGAAAACCCUCGAAGUGGGCAUCCCGACCACGAAAACCAAAAUAGCUGGCCGCAGUAUGAUUCGACACUCUCAAACCGUGAUUUGCGAGGUGGCGCCACGCCCGCACGAUCCGUACGCAACACCACUUCCACAAUGCCUAACCCCGACGGAGACCCACCGCUUUCGGGAGGCACCAUGAGCUCGAACCAGUCUGGUACACCCGCGCAGACGCCGGGCUCAAGCAACCCUCAGGUCGAAAUCUUCAAGUCGUUCCGCGUUUCCAUCGACGACCCUUGCCACAAGGUGCUACCCGUAGCCCUCAAGAAAUACAACAUCACAGCCGAUUGGAGGCAAUAUGCCCUGUACAUUGUGCAUGGUGACCAAGAGAGAUGCUUGGGGCUGAACGAACGUCCUCUGAUUCUGUUCAAACAACUGGACAAAGAAGGCCGAAAACCCAUGUUCAUGCUCCGAAAGCACGCCGCACCCGCCGAAGGUCAUGUCAGCACAGUUGGUGGGAACGACAUCAGAAGCGUGGCACCGGGGAGCAGCUUCGGUUGGGACAGCGGCAACAGAGUCCAACUACCGGGUGGAGUGUUAUAA